AUGAGGCAAAUAGUCAAAACCAAAGCUGAAGCCGACUCGGAAGGAGCUGGCGCUGGCAAGGCCAUGCCAUCAUUGUCUCUGGUACUGUUCAGCGGCGAGGGUGGAGACAAGCGAUGCAUGAUGCCAUUUUCAUGGCCAACGACGCCGAGCAUUAGCAGUGAUAAUGCCCUCAUUUUUCACAUGCAACCAGAGCUCAUGCAUGCCGUCGUGUCGUCGUUUGUUUUCGCACUCUCUUUGUCCCCUAAACCCACCCUACUCUACGACUGGCUCGCGGAACUGAACCCUUUGUUUUAUGGGGCCGCUCCUCCCACCGCAGGCGCCAAAUUGGCUCCCAUUGCUAUCCACAGCGCUAUUUUGCUCUCCACCGGCUUGGGUUUAUCAAAAAUCAUCGUAGAGAGACGCGCUCAACUUGUGGUGAUGUCUCGAUUCCAUCGUUGCCAUUUUUACCUCCUCUCUUCAAAAAUUUUCUGUUUGUAA